AAUGGAAACCAUGAAUCAUGGGCAAAUAUUCACAACUCGGUCAUCCAUGUGAAGUUUUAGGAUGCGCUGUCUCUUGAGGAUUUGGUCGAAACAUAUUAUAUGUAGAUGCUAAAAAAAGAGGAAGAGGGAAUUCCCACAAUGUCGGUUUAACUUACUUGCACCAAGACAAAUAUACGUACACACACAUAGUCACAUGUGAAUAAAGGUUGCAGCAAGGUCAAUAUCUGGCAUUUUAGUAGACGGUGUGUUUUUGUUUUUAUUUGAGUGUGCUGUUACCAAACGUUAAGUUCUACAUCAUUUGUUUUUGUUUUGUUUCUUUUACACGUAGACGACUAGGUAAGCGUUAAUUUUUUUUCCCCGAAACUGGUAAUAUAUCCACCAAUGUUUAUUGAAAUUGUAACUUAAAGCCCCCCAAUAUGUUAUUUUUCUGGAGUUUACAAGAUGACCAUGCGUGCUAUAACUUUCCAUCUGACAUUUGACUUCCAGUCUAAUGCAACUUACCCAGAUUCUUACCAGAAGCCACAUCAGAUGCAGCUAAUUAGGCAAACACCCCUCUCAGAGUAUGUGUGUGUCAGAGAGAGUGAAAGCGAGAGAGAGAGAGAGAUAAAGGAAGAGCGCGCUAGCGAGAGAGUGAAAGAGAAGGAGGAGUGACAGAAAGGGAAAGAAAAGAGGGAAGAAAGAGACUCAUUAAGCCAAGUUGUUCUCAGCACUCGUUCUGCAACACAGACUCUCUGUCUCUCUCUUUUUUUCUCUCUCUCUCUCUCCCUCCUCCCCCCCCCUUCUCUCUCUCGCUCUCUUUUGCUCUCUCUCUCUUUCUCUCUAUCUCUCUCUCUCACACAAACCACACACACAUACUUAAAAACAUAAAGCAGAAGUGGACACGGUUUCAGUCGCCGCGGUUGGCUAUGGCUCAGGGCUCUGACAGCAAUGACACAAGUUACAAGUCCCCAUCACCUGGAAGCAGGCCGAGCUCCUCAGAUGAUGCGAAGAAGGUGAUGCGGAGAGAGAAGAACCGGAUCGCUGCUCAGAAGAGCAGAAUGAGGCAAACUCUGAAAGCUGACACCCUACACUUGGAGAGUGAGAACCUGGAGAAGGAGAACACUGCGCUGAAGAAGGAGGUGAAGCAGCUGACGGAGGAGGCCAAGUAUCUGUCCUCUGUGCUGAGCAGCCAUGAGCCUCUGUGCACCGGCCUGGCUCCUCAGACCCCCGAGCUCCUCUACCCUCCUCAUCACAGCAGCAGCUACCACCACCAGCACAUCACUGUACCACACUACCAGCACUGAUCUGACUGUGCUGUGAACAGAUGACCUCAAGGGAGAGAAAGACUGACUGGAAAUGUGUCUAUGAAUGUUAAUGUUCAAAACGUGAACAUUAACAUGAUAGGCCAUUAAUAUGUCUGACAAACAAUGACAGUGCGGACCCCAUACUGUAACAAGCCGUGUUCGUGCUUGUGCUCGUCUCUUUGCUUUUACCUGAUAAAUAUCCGUGAUCUGUGUGUGGACUUAAACGGCUCGAUGAGUAGAUAUAUCAACCAGUCGAUGUUUACAUUGGGAGUACCUACUGUAUGUUCAGGUGUCUCAGACGAUGCAGUAUUUUUGUACAUUUUUUGUGUCAUGGAGAGCGCCUUUUGUCAUCCCGUCAUGUUUUGAAUUUCUCGUGUUUUUAUAAUGUGUGUGUGUGUAAAUGUUGAUCGACAAUGCUCAGGAGAUUUUGACAGAUUUGAUUGUGGACAAAGAGAAUGUAAAGUCGAGAUUCUAAAAAAAAAACAAGGCUUCAAUGUACCAAAAAAAAGAAACGCCUGGCAGUGAAGGAUGGACAUUCGAAGGGUCUCGACUUGUGUACUGGUGAUAAUGCUGAGGUGGGAGAGAACCCAGAAACAUAUAUUUAUUAAAUGUGAUGCCUUUUAGGUGAUCAUUUCUGACCUCCA